AUGCGCUGCCGCGCCCCGGAAACGGUUAAACACACAAGUGGAACGGCGGAGAAGGCGAGGGGUUGGCUUCGUCUCGGCACUAGCGCCAUCGCAUCUCUGCACGCACUGCCCGCGCAGAACACGUUUGUCGCCAAGCCGUGGCAGAGCAAAAUGGUGGGAGGGUGCGACAGCGACCACGGGAGGAGACAGACACACGGCACCCUCCUCCCUGCGCCGUGCCCAUCCCUGCCCCGGUCCGUCCCCAACCCUUGGGCCAGCAUCCCGGCUCGCCCUGCGGCAGCAAACAGCCUCUCCGGGUUGACCUUGGCCAUGUCGCAGUGGGAGAACAGUGAAGGGGCUCGCCCUGUUGUCAUCAACCAUCAGGCUGCCGCGCUUGCCCCGACCCCUUCGCCUUGGUUGGAGAUCGGGUCGCGUCAGACAGAUCAGACAGACAGAGGGCAGGGCAGCUUGCGCGAUCGUCGUGCAUCGCGGCAGCCACGCUUAUGUAUGAUGGACCUGCAGACCGUCCGCAUCUCUCCGUCCCCACAUAGGCUCCGAGCGUUCACGGGGGUUUCCAGGAGAUGGGAGGCCACUGCGAGUACGGACGGAGUACCGCCUGUGUGUUUGAACAGGCGCAAGCGUGCAGUACAGACGUGUUAUUUAUUCGUCUUGAGUCCAGGCUGCACGACACACCGUUGCGGCAUGCCGCCCGACACGUUCUUGCCGCCGGGACACGUCGUUCCGGCCUGGAUUUUCUCCGUCAGAGGUUCACAUCGGUCACCUGUAAACGUCACCUACCGCAAGUUGAUAGUUCCCAGGUCAUCGCGCGCCGACAAGAACGGGAGGAGGGUGGGCCAUCACCCGGUUUCUCGGAUAUCAAAUAGCCUCGACGAGUCAGAAGUAAGGAGAUCGGCAGCGAGUGCCUGUCAGUGA